CGUCAACAACUCUCCUCUCUUCUCCUUUCUUCAUCUACAAUUGACAUCUCACCCCCUAACCCCCCUCAUCACCACCAUGUUCGCCCGUCGCUGCUCCCGUCUCGUCUCCGCCCGCACCGCCAUCCCCCUCACCUCCUUCCUCGCCCGCGCCCGCCCAUUCUCCGCAACCGCAACCUCGGCAUACGAGCACAUCCUCACCUCGACCCCCAAGCCGGGAGUUGGCCUCAUCACCCUCAACCGCCCCAAAGCCCUGAACGCGCUCUCCACCCCUCUCUUCACCGAACUCAACGAUGCCCUCUCCACCUACGACGCCGACAAGGACAUCGGCGCGAUCAUCAUAACCGGCAGCGAGAAGGCGUUCGCAGCCGGCGCGGACAUCAAAGAAAUGGCCCCCCUCACAUUCUCCCACGCCUACAAAACGAACUUCAUCGCGCCGUGGUCGCACCUCUCCACCAGCAUCCGCAAGCCCGUGAUCGCCGCCGUAUCCGGCUACGCGCUCGGCGGCGGAUGCGAACUGGCGCUAAUGUGCGACAUCAUCUACUGCACCUCGUCCGCGACCUUCGGACAACCCGAGAUCAAACUAGGCGUGAUCCCCGGGGCGGGCGGCUCGCAGCGCCUCACCCGCGCGGUGGGCAAGAGCAAGGCCAUGGAACUGAUUCUCACAGGCAAGAACUUCAGCGGCAAGGAGGCGGGCGAGUGGGGGGUUGCGGCCCAGGUGGUGGACGGCGGACACACGGAGCUACUGGAGGUAGCGGUGAAGACGGCGGAGACUAUCGCGGGGUACUCCCAGGUGGCGGUUUUGGCGGGCAAGGAGGUCGUGAAUAAGAGUCAGGAGGUGGCGUUGCGGGAGGGCGUGGAGUUUGAGAGGAGACUGUUUCAUGGGUUGUUUGGGAGUAGGGAUCAGAAGAUUGGGAUGACGGCGUUUGCGGAGAAGAAGAAGCCGGACUGGUCAAAUGAGUGAGUAUCGAGUAUGAAGAAUGAAUCAAUGGUAGGGUGUGUUGAUAUCUUGGAG